UACUAGCUGGAUACCACAAGUAAACACAUAUUAGCCCAUCAAUUACCAGUAUCGCGGAUGUGCAGUUUGCCGAGGGUUUGCACUUUAGUGCUUUUCAUUUAGUCAGCAUUGAUUCCCUUAGUAUGAAUUCCCCCCUCUUCUAGGAUUUUUCCUCAAUCUUUUAAGUUCAUCUUCUGGACAUUUCCAUCCAAACACAAUCCUGCAUCACUCGCUGUUCCAGGAUUGGUAUAUAUUUCAUCUGUGACACAUCAUCAGGCAUUGCCAUGACAGCUGCUGUUAUCAAAUAUCCACACAACAUGCCAUCUGUCUUCCCUGGGGUACUUCACCUCUGCAAUUUUGACUGCGUCAUUGGUCUGGAUUGGGAACCUAUCUCAUAUCUAGUAUCCACUGUUUUCCUUUUCCAUAUUCCUUUUGUCUUGCUCGGUUUCGAAUUGUUUGAUCAGCUUUCUUCACUUCAUUGUAUUCCUCUUGUUCACUAAUAUAAUCUGACACCAUGGUGCCGCUACCCUUAGAUUUGGGCCUCAUUACUGCUGUCCUGUUCUCAGCCCAGAGUGUUAGGUUCUCUUCAUUUUCUUGAAAUGAUGUUUCAUCGUGAAAACAGACAACAGUUCUGUCAAUCACAUCGGGAUCUGGAGGGGAAAGGGCAGCAGGCAGCUGUGCAGCUUUUGCUACUAAAUGUGCUUACCAACAAACAUUAAUUGCAGUCCAAUGGUUUCGCAGACUACGUGCUAUACAUCUGUAAAUAAUGCUAGAUAGAUAUUCUCACCAAGAAGGAGGGUGAGCUCCAGAAUCGUUAGUCUCCCCAACACAUUUUUACCCUUUGUAUCUUCCACUGAUACUAAUUCUCACAUGUUUGGUUCUUUUUUUCCUUCUAGGUGGCACCUAUGGGGCUGCUAAUGCUACGCGCUACUGCAUGAUGGUGACUGAUGUUAAAGAAAACCUUAUUCCUGCUUCAAUCCUUAAUGAAACCCUGGUGAAUAAUCUUGCAAAGCAACACAUGUCGGGAUGGUUUUGCUUCAUUCAAACAAGUGAUGGGAAAGUAGUUGCAGUUGUACACCCACAGAAUGAGGAAGUCCAGGUGGUUAACUUCAAGAAAGGUAUUGCUGCUGCUUUUCAAGCCAACUUUAGAGGAACAGCUGAGGAGAUUGAGACUGACCCACAGUCAAUGCAUCACACUCAUUACACCUACUCCAGUAUGCAUGGAGAAGUAAGAAAAAUGCAUCGCAGUAUCCGAAGCUAUGAUGUUUUGGAAUACUCAAGCAACAUUGGUGCACAAGAUGUUCAUUUCUAUGAAGAAGAUGACAUUGAAUACAGGGAUGGUACACUGAUCAAGUCCAAUGGAACAUUGUUCUUCUCAACUGACAAAACAAAUGAUGGAUCAUUCAAAACCCAUGAAACAGAUCCACUUUCUAGUGUAACUACAGCACAGGGGUCAUUCUCCAUGCAGCUAAAAGCGUGCAAAUUUGUUUCCAGUGAUGAUAGGAGGAGAAAGAGAGCUGUUCAGCAGCAGGAUCUAGAUAGAAGUUUUGCAAAAGAAGAAAACCUAAUGGCUAAAUUUGAUCAGGAGAAAAUUGAGAUUGAAAGACUGCAGCAGCUUCGUCAGAAUCUAAGCACCCCUGGUCAAGUUGUUGCAGCUCUUCAUGACACAAGCAGCUUCAGCAAGCUGAAGCAGGUGAUGGUCUUGGAGAGGAAGUACCAACUACAAGUGGACUCUGUUAUCAAUAUUGUACUUCAGCAUCUCAGCGAGGUCAUAGCUAAAUAACUGCAGUUGAGUAUGCCCAACAGCGAGUGAAUAUCUACUGCCUACUGAGUUUUGAAGGCAGCAUCAGAGCAGAAAAUGCUUUGAUUGAACAAUUAACAGCACAAAAUAUUUCAAGCAAAGAAAGAAACACCAUCAUUCUUGCUAUUGCAUCUCUACCUACACCUAGUUAUCAGCUUAUUCAAAUGCUUGAGGACUUGAUCAAUGAAAGUGAAGAAACAACAAAUUUAAUGCUAGUUUAUGGUUCACUUGUCGCAAAUGCUGGUCCAAAUCAGGAGGAGAAGAUGGUAGCUUUUCUAACUGAUAAAAUUCCUGUGGAUAUUUCAGAAAACGCUGUCAUCCUUAUCCACAUAUUGCAUGCACUUGGAAAUACUAAGUCACCAUCAGCACUGGAGUACAUUCUACUAUAUGUAUAUAAUGGCAAUGAAGAUGUUAGACUAACCUCUGUAACUGCAUUGAGAUUCUUUAGUGGCCUGCCAUCAGUUCAGGAGCUCUUUCUAAAUAUCCUGCAAAAGAAGGUUUCAGAACCUUUGGUUGAGGCAAUCAUCCAUGCUUUACAUGAUGGAUAUGAUUAUACACAAGAUUUCAUCAUUGAUACAGAGCUAAUUGAUCUUUUAACAAAAGUGACCAUUAGUCUUAAGAACAAAUACCUUGAGACCCAACUUUAUCCUUUUCUUAAUGUUGUAAGCCCUACUGCCACAGCUGGUCGCGAAAGAAGAGACACAGCAACAUGGAAUUCUCCUUCUCAGGAUUUUGACAUUAUUGCUCCAUUAUCUGAGAGAAGGGCUGAUAUAAACAAUUAUCCUGAUCACUAUGGCUUUUUGUGGACCAAGACAUUGGGAAAAAAUACAGGAGAGAAUCAAAUUUAUGUUCAAGCUACAGGUGGACUUUUUGCUGGUGCAAAUUCUGGCAACUGUAACUUCAAAAUAAUGGGAAAGGCAAUUGUUCGUGGUCAUGUACUUAGUCAAGAUGGUGAAAUCAUCAAUAUUAUAGGGAGAGCUGCUAAUGAAAAUGGAACAGUGAAUGGGAAAUUUUAUGUAAAAUUCAUCGGGCAGGUUUUGUUAGAUUUAAACCCGUCACUUCCUUACACUUGGCCACUUCCUGAAAUUAAACUAUGUCUUUUUAGUAUUUCAGCUACAUUUAUUGUGUAUGGGAUACCUGUCAUCCUGGGGUUUGAAGCAUUUGCAAACCUUGGAGGAAAUAUGGAGAUUUCGUCUUAUCUCGGCACAAAUGACACUACCAUUGUGGCUGCAGCACUUACGCCAAGUGUUACUCUGACUCUCGAGGCCAGCACAGAAAUCACAGAACCUAACACAGAAGUACUAAGUGUUGGAGUUCUUCUUUCAGCAAACAUCCCUUACAAUAUCACCAUGGAAACUGAUGUUGAUAUUUGCGGUUUAACAGAUGAGGUCGUGUGUGUUGGCGUUUCUCAUGGCUGGUCUGACAUUGAUAUUAAACUUGCAGCUACUUAUCGACUGUUCUCAAGUGACCGGAAAACGUUGGAUUCUCUCAGCUACACCUGGCACAUCCCUUCAGAAGAGAGGUGGCCUCUUUAUGAUUCUUGCGCAUUAUCUGCUGCUACUAUUGGAAGCUUUCACCCACUACUUGUAAUCUUACUGGUGUUAUCUACCUGUGUCACUACUCCCGCAAUCCUGCAAAGUGUAGUGAUUUAAGACAAUAUAACUUUCUGCCGUUAUAGUGACAAUGUUAGCCCUUAAACUUGCUGUAGUAUCUACAAUAGAAAGUAUGAAGCCUUGUGAUGCACAUGCACAUUGGUUGCGAUGUCUUUUCCACUAUGACUGGCACGCAAUAAAAUUAAAAAAAGAGCCAAACACACACAGUCAUAGCACGGUGCACUUCCAUAAAGUAAAAACUUUGGUUACUU